AUGUGGAAAGCUUGGAAAAGUCUUUUCUCUCAAUGUGUCGAUAAGCACGCCCCGCUACGUUCCAAGCGCGUUCCUGCGAUGAAAUCACCUUGGAUUACUAAGUUACAGUUAUAUAAGGCAGCUGUUCUCCCGUAUUUAACCUACUGUCAUCUUAUAUGGCAUUUUUGCCGUGCUAGUGAUUCUAGACGACUAGAGCGUAUCCAGGAAAGAGCACUUAGGGCUAUAUAUUGUGAUAAACAUUCGUCCUACGGUCAAUUACUGUCUAUGGCCGGGCUAUCUACUCUACACAACCGGCGACUACAGGACAUAGCUAUUCUCGUGUAUAAAGUUAAAAACAACAUGUGCCCAACAUAAAUUUGCACUCUCUUUGAACAAUCUGCAGUUAAGUAUGAACUGCCUAUCAUGACUUCACUAUACCCAGAUUCAACACAGUCUCCUUUGGAAAGCACUCGCUCAGGUAUAUGGGCCCAAAGGUAUGGAGUUCUGUUACUAGUAACGUUAAAAAAGCUUCCACGUUGUCCUCCUUCAAAUAUAACAUCAGAAAAGUGGAUCUUAGCAUGCUAUUAGGUGACAAUAACUGCUCUAACUGCUCUCUUUGCACUUCUUAAUCUUUAAUUUCUUAUUUUUUAUAAGAUAAUGAUACAUUUGUACAUAUUGUUUAUAGUUCUCUCGAAUUUCUCACUUGCUUAUACUGUACAUAGUUUUUCUUAAUUUUAAUUAAUCUAUUAAUUGAUUUAUUCUUUUUAAAUUUAUUUUAGUGUCCCCACUUAGUGGUUAUACACCGUAGCCUGCGUGGCAGGCGCAAAAAGGGGAGAGGGAGGGGGAGGGGGAAGGGAGAAAGGGAAAAGGGAAGGGAGCGCCUGCUCUAAGAGCCUAUGUUUUUACAUAACGCCUACCAAUUUUCUAGUAAUCCGAUUACGCUUACUGUCAAUCAAGUGUCGCUACACUCGCCGUUGCAGAAAAACAUUACACUCACGGACUAAAGAAAUUCGCUUAGUUAUUCAGAUCCAGAAGGCACUUUGGAGAAAAUUGGAACCCUUAUUCAGCCGUAAUAAAAAAAGCUUUACGCUUCAAAAGAGGACAAAGAAAUUGCGCUUGUAUCAGAGGGCAAAUCCGGGGCAAAUCCUGCCGACCAGAAAACAAUAACUACAGCCAAUCGAUAUGUAUGUCAUGACCUCUCAGUGUGAAACAUGCAGCUAAAAUAACAUUUGCUCAGUAUAAAUGCAGAACCUUCCAGACCAUAAUCUACCCAGCAGAUAAAAACAACUUUAUUGGAAUAAGCAGCAUUUUGGCAUGAGGUAAAACCACCCUCUUUUAUUGCUAAGUUACAUCGGCGAAUGUCAUCGUUCGAUAAAUUGGCUAAAUCUUUCCCUGGGUAGCCCAACAAUUCCAUCUCCUGCAACUGGCCUUCGAUGAUACUUUUCAGUGGCGAAAUGACGAGAAUCGCCGCAUUACCAUUUAGCUCGUAGUUCUUCGCGCGUACAAACAUUUGGUAAAUUAAACUCUUGCCGUAUCCGGUCCGCAAAACCGCCAGAACUUCUCUGUCGGCUAAAAGAACCCUUACUGCUGAUUCUUGCUGUGGUUUUAAAACAGUUUCCCUACCGCUAGAUAAAUUCACAUCUCUCAAAGCACUCUCUACGACAUCCACAUCUACCGCUGCCAUCUUGACUGUUUGUUGAUUUGUGAAACGCGCAUUUCAAUAUGUUACUCAUUACGGCUCAGCCAAUCAGGAAUUUGCGGACGCCAGCGUCCGCAGAUAUGAGCAAAAGGGGGUUCUUAGAGCAGGCGUCCCCCCCCCCUCUCCCCAAUCCCCCUCCCCUUUUUCCCUUCCUCCCUAUCCCCUACCCCCUACCCCUUUCGACGCCUGCUACGCAGGCUAAUACACCGCUAUUACAGUCUUGACACUUUAAUAAAGGUAUCAUCAUCAUCAUCAUCACACCUCAUUUGAAAAAAAGAAUGCAUGCCCGUAACAUGCUUAAGCUCAAAGCCGUCCGUUCGGAAAUGCUAAUGACUGGUUGAAAUUCAAGAAAUGUCGCAACGCUGUUAAUAAUGAAAUAAAACAGGCCAAGGAACAAUACUAUAAACAUGCCCUUCAAGACAAUGAACGUGAUCCACACAAGACGUGGCAAAUCAGUAAUGAAUUAACAUCAAGGAAAACUCAUAGCUUUUGGGUAAAAGAGAUAAAACUUGACAAUAAUUCUAUUCGCGAUCCAUGUGAGCUGUCUUCUGUUUUCAGUAACUACUUUUCAAGUAUUGGUCCGACUCUUAUUAACAACAUUCGCCACCCCACUAACGGCCCUUUACAUUUCGAUUAUAUAAUGGAGACCGAACAUAGAUUUGAUCUGAAGACAACUGAACCUUGCCUUCCCAAGUUUUCACUUUAUUAGUCUCGUUUGCGUAAGCAGCGAGACUCAUAUCUGCAACGCGUUUUUCGCCCCGGGGGGUAGUCCCUUAUCUAGGCUAUGUAGGUAUGUGCCGCGCCAAAGGUAGGGUAUAGUUUGUGCACUCUAGUCUUGAAUUGGGUAUGUUUGUUAGAAGAAUUAGCUACUUCUUCAUCAUUUGGCGAUCAGACUUUUUCCCUUUUAAUGUUUACUCCAACUACCGUGUACGUGCCUUAACAGCUUGUCACGCUCUCCGGUAACGCGCCGGGCUCCAGGGCUUCAUGUAUGAAAUAGGGUAUCAAAUUUUGGAUCAGGUCUGAAAUUGGGUACGGAAAAUCACAGAUUUUGGUCUGAAAUAUGGUAAGGGCUUCUUGAAGCGUGCAACACACCCCCACCCAAUUUUUCUGGAAGUACCCCCCGGAAUUUUUGGUCGAAUUUUGGGUCACAAAAGGCAGCUCAUUGUGCCAGGCGUUCCUUGCGGAGACCGUCGAAACUGAAACUAAGAAUCGUUGCAUGAUCGAAGCCACGCAUGUUUUGCGAAGAAAGCUUAGGAAAGAUUAAAUUUAGAGCUUUUCCGAAACGUGUCAGUCCACGAAUUCUAUCGCUUGAAAGCGUUGAUUACUUUGGGACAAGUGAACACUACUGAGUGGUCGAAAAAAAAUAAGAAUCUUAAUUAGCAAAAUUGCGAUGGUCGGGUGUUGUAAACUUUCACUGUAUGCAAAUGAGUCUUGUGAUGAGCAUGCCAUUUAUUUUCGGCGAUGAUUGAAAUGACGUGCCAUGUAAAUCACUUUUUUGAGAUCUGGCAAUGAUGUUAUUUCUCUGGAAUCGAGGCCCUUGAAUUUUCGUGUAUUUAUACACGCGGAUAGACUGCUGCUGGAGAGGCAUUUCUGGUCGUCGCUGACACGCGUACUAAAUCAAUUCAGAAAUAAAUAAAAAGUAUGCCUGCGUGUGCCUGGUCUUUUUUUAGUAUGUUUUCCAAGAAUUCGAUGUAGUCCUUUUCCAUUUGAGGUUUGCGUUUAAAGGUUCUUAGCAGUCCGUUUAGACAUUUGAUUGGGUAUUGGCAUGAAUUGGCAUGAAUACUUUACUUGGGCGAAAUGGUUAUGGUAUUUCCCAGUUUCCUAGCUCGUUCUAAUGAAUCCUCUUUUCCAUAAUCUCUAAGAAUCUUCGAUCUUCAAUUGAGGUCGUUGUUGUUGAGUCACUUAAUAGACAACUGCUGUGUUUUCGACGUCAUCGACCAUGGUGAAACUUUCUCGGAAGUGAAGUGUAUUUGGACAUGCGACUAUCUUGACUCUUCUCUUGCACCUCUUGCGUUACAUGUUGGAUGUGUUGGGACAUUAAAGCAAACCAGAUUGGCACCAGAAUAUACAUCCACGUCCUUGAAUAGUUUGUCGCCACACAGGUUCUCUUGGUUUGUACAUGGAUAGAUCUAUCUUUUAGGUGUAAACAGGUCUGGCCUGAUAUCGUCACUCCAAGGCUAACUUCUGAGCCCAUGGUGCUCCUUUUGGGCUGUUCUUAAAUGCUCUUACUUUUAAUAAUUCUGGGGGUGUCUCUGCCGAUAAGAAGAGGGAUCUUCGCCUCCUCAUCGAAAGGGGUAAACUCUUCGGCAAUACUUCCUACAUGACGAUGCUCCCUCGUGAUUUCCGGAGUCGGUGUUUCUUUCAUAUCUUGGGGAAUGCCAUCGUACUCUAUAAGUGGGGGCAAUACUGAGGUUUUCCCGUGGAUGGACCGUAUUACGACUCCUGCGACUCUCCGGCCAUAUUUGACCACCUUGGUGCCUCCGCAGGUAGAAAGGUGGUACUUGGAUGCGGGACCUUCAGCGUUUAGCCUGUCUGCUAGCUCAGUGCUAAUAAUCGAAGCGUUACUUUGGUCAUCCAAAAUAGCGUACACCCGAUGAACUUCGUAGGGGCGAUCUAAACAUCCACCAGCACUAUCUUGCUACAAGAAGGUCCACCCGGGUGACCUUUGCCUAUCGAUGUGCAUUUCAAACUGAUAACUUCUGAACCACCGUUGGCCGGCUCCCUUUCUUUGCUCCUCUGCUUCUUUUCUUCAGUGCUUGGAGGAGCUCAGGGUGUCUUGUGGUGCUACAGAUACCGCACUUCACUUUUUCUCUGCACUCGCUGGCGAUGUGGUUUGGCGAGAAAAAGCGGAAGCAUAA